GGUGAAUCGGGAGAGCAAGUUCGAUUUCCCGACUCCCGAAUCGCCGACUACCACCACUUUGAACAGAGGACGGAGGAAUUCGCCUUAAAUGACGUGAAGGAUCCCGGAGCGACAAGCUCAUGUGGACGUGGUCGGAUCCUGCUGGUUAGACUUUGGUUGGACUGGAAUUGCAUACACAUUUAAAGUAUAAAUCGGACAAAAAUAGGAAAUAAAAAUUUAAGGGAGAAGGAGAAUAGAGAAAUGAGAGAGAUCUCUAUUGAGGAGAGAUCGUUGCGAUUUCUUCUAUUGCUCUGUUCAUUUUCGUCGCAAUUCAUUCCAGGCUCCUCAGACGAUCCAUCAGGUCCCAGAAAUGAAAAAAAGGCUGAUGCUCACGCCUCUUCAAACAAGAGUGCAGGUUAUAGAGCACUCAUGAUAUGCGCUGGACUUAUAGUGGUUGCUGGGUUAUCUUUUUUCCUUUUCAAGUUUUGGCAAAAGAAAAGGCGUGAAGAGCAAUAUGCUCGCCUGCUAAAGUUGUUUGAAGAGGACGAUGAACUUGAAAUGGAGCUUGGCCUUCGGGAUUGAAUCCAUUUCCACACAAUUUUUUGUUACAAUGAAUUAAGGUGAAAGUUGCACGACAUCUCAGGAAAUGUGCGCUUGGCUGACCACGUGCAGUUUAGGAACAUUUCCAGAGGCUUGAGGCCUUGAAAGGCACUUUUAGUUUCCCAGGUAUUAGAUUUGCAAUGGAAGGGCUGGUCUGUAAAAGCUGCUUGCUAGUGGUAGAAAGUGUUCAUUCAUAUCAAAGUUUUUACCAUUAAUGCUGUUCUUCACUUGUGAAGCUAAUCUGCUUAUAUUGGGAAAUGUCAGGAAUAACUCUUGUGCAAAGCUGUUUCCCUACUUUCUAGUUUGAAGUGCAUAUUUAAUACGAGGAUGAUCAUAAUAUUUACUACUCGUGAUUAAUAGUGUGUUGCGUGGUUAUACAGUUAUACCCAGUAAUUUGAUUCGAUUAUGUGUAGCACAACAAUCUAAAGUUAAUUAAUAUUUGUAUGAUCUGUUAUUGUUUGCACUCGAUCUACUAUUUGGAACUAAGUUUAGAUAAUGCGUUGUAACGUGAAACACUAGUUAAAUGAAGUAAAUGAAGUUUAAAAAUAAGUCAGUGUGCUACAUAACUAGUACCCGACUACCCGUGCGAUGCAGGUUUUUUUUCUAUACCACGGUAUAUUAAAUAUUGUUAUAAUUAUUAUUCAAUAAUAGUUGAAAUAUAUUCUUUUGAUGUUCAAAAAAUUGUUUUUAUGUCAACACAAAUGUCACAAAAUGCUCUUUUUUAGUUCUCACUUCCUUAUAUCAUUUUGGUUUAUUGGGGAUGUUUGGCAAUUGACUGUUGGCUGAUUGAUUUAGCCGAUUGCAGACAUCGGAUUCUGUUGCUGUUUUGAUUGGCUGAUAGUAUAAGCCGUUUGUAAGAUAGUGUUUG